UCACUUUCUUCGAAACAGAACCUAGAAGAGUGUGCUUCCUGUGAUUUACAUUUAAAUUCUACUUUAUUGAAGCUUCACAGGUCCUCAGAGCUGUGGACGAGCUUCAAUUAAGGCAUGGAGACACAUCUUGUCUUCCCAACCAUGCAUGGCGUCUUUUCUCCCUCUUCUCGUCUUACCUUUACGAAAUGCGGAACAUCUGAAUCCAGAUGCAAGCAUAGAAGAUUUCAAAAGGCUGCUAAAACUUUGAAUUUGACGAUUCUGAAGCACUCAAGUGUGACUGAGGAAAUUUCUCGUGAAAAUUACAAUAUUUUGAUUCAUAAGCAUUGCAAAGAAGGAAAUGUUGAUAAGUGCAUGGAGUUACUUGCUCAAAUGGAAUCUCUAGGGUUUCAUCCAAAUGCUACGUCGUAUAAUAUUUUGAUUGAGUCUCUAGGAAAUGUCGGUCGCACUCUUGAAGCUGAUUCAAUUUUCCAAGAGAUGAAAAAAUCUGGAUUUGAGCCUAAAGUUAGGGCGUACAAUGACCUUCUUAGAGGAUUUCUUCGGAAAGGCCUUUUAGGGCUUGCAUAUAAUGUGCUCGACGAAAUGUGUCAAACAAAAAUAGCUAGGAAUCAAGAAACUUUUGAACUUCUUCUUGAAUAUUAUGUUGGUGCUAGAAGGCUGGAAGACACUUGGUUCGUAAUCGCUGAAAUGAAGGCAGAGGGAUUCAGGUUGAACUCCCAUGUAUAUAGCAAAGUUAUUGGUCUUUACAGGGAUACUGGGUUGUGGAGGAAAGCGUUGGAACUCAUGAGAGAAAUGACAGAGACCAAAAUUCCGCUUGAUAGACGGGUUUAUAAUAGUAUUAUUGAUACAUUUGGGAAGUAUGGUGAAUUGAAUGAAGCAGUAACAAUGUUUAGGAACAUGCAAAGGGAAGGCAUUAAACCCGACGUCGUGACAUAUAAUUCCUUAAUUCGAUGGCAUUGUAAAAGUGGGAAUGUCGAUAUGGCUCUAGAAUUUUUCACUCAGAUGCAAGAAGAAGGAUUAUAUCCUGAUCCUAAGAUUUUCGUUGCAAUUAUUAGCCGCUUAGGGGAAGAAGGGAAGUGGGAUUUGAUUAAGAAGAACUUUGAGAAUAUGAAGCAUAGAGGACUUUGGAGAAGUGGAGCAAUUUAUGCUGUUCUGGUUGAUAUCUAUGGGCAAUACGGUAGAUUUCAGAAUGCUGAAGAGUGUGUGCUGGCUUUGAAGUCUGAAGGAGCACAGCUUUCAGCGAACAUGUUUUGUGCAUUAGCAAAUGGUUAUGCUCAAUACGGAUUAUGCGAACAAACUGUGAAGGUUCUUCAGCUCAUGGAAACUGAAGGAAUUGAACCAAACCUCAUAAUGCUGAACCUGCUGAUAAACGCAUUUGGUAUUGCUGGAAGACAUUUGGAGGCACUAUCAAUUUUUCAUCACAUAAAAGAAAUUGGCAUCAGUCCUGAUGUGGUUACCUACAGCGCACUUAUGAAAGCUUUUAUUAGGGCAAAAAAGUUUGACCAGGUUUUGGGAAUUUAUGAGGAAAUGCAAUCUGCUGGAUGCACUCCCGAUAGAAAGGAAAGAGAAUUGUUGCAGACAGCUUUGGGGGUCCUUGAAAAAAGACAAGGUGUGGCUCUAAAUCGUAACACAGCAGACACACAAACCUCUUUGUAGCCUUAUGAAGGAGGAUCAUCUCACAAAAGUGGAGGAAAUCGCUGAAUUAAUUAGGCAAACUAAUUACAAGUGAGAACCUGUGUAGAUACCUUGCUUGUAAUGGUGAAAUCUUGUCUUUAACCCGACUCACCCGGACGGAAAAUUUUCUGUCACUGUCGAGGCAAGUAUCAGAUUCAGACAAACCCAUUAGAUUUAGUGUUAAUGCGGUGGGUCUGGUUAAUGGGUUGAACUUUUAAUUUCAUGCUUUUCCAUACAUAUUCUGUGAUUUCUGUGACUUGAUUGGUCAUAAGCUAGAUGAGUGCAUUCAUUUUGCACAUGCGCAACAGCAAGCUGAGAUUCAACAAGCAGAGGCAGAUGCUUUCUUAGCUGCAAUACAACAAGCAAAUGCUGAUGAUGCUGAGGCUCAAGAUCAAAACCCACAUGUUAUGGUGCAGAUAUGGAAUAUAGUUUCUCUAGCUCUUCAUCAGACACUCAAGCCUCUGAGGUAACAUACUCUGAUCUUCAGCAACACUUGAAUGAUGGUGCAUCUAGUCAGAUGGCCCAGUCAUGCAACACAUCCCCCAUCUGUUAAACUGCCUAUCCCCACCUUUCUUGCCAAACCAACAAGACCAUCAACUGGUGAUGCAUGCUCUGCCAAAGAGAAGUAGACCUGGUCAGUGAUUCAAUUUUGCUCUUAACCCUUGGAAUGGAGCAUCAUCUUCUCAGCAGCAGCUGGUUAAUCCUUGGGUAACUUAUUGGAGCAAUACUUCAGACUAUCAGGUGGAGAGAGUCCCUGAAAUAAGAGAAAUGACUGCUAUUGAAUCAUCCUUAACUCUUCGUGAACAUCCACAUUCAAUUGUUCAAGGAUCAAGCUUCCACCUCAGAUGCAAUGGAAGAAAAUAACAAUCAGCAUGAAUCUGGUGGUAACUCUGACCACUCUAUGCAUUAGUCCACUCCUUGAACAAUCAGCAACAAUCCCUUUUUGAUGAACUUGUUAUAACAGGAAAUUAUCUGAGCUUAUGAGCUCUUUUUUGGUGUUAAUCCCUGCUAUCGGAUUUCCUGUAAUCUCAGCUCACCUGCCUGUUCUAUUCAUCUUGUUUACGUUGAGAUUCUUGUAGUGUAUUAUUAUCUGUGUUGACGAGCGUUUGAUGUUUUCCAAUUGUUAUUGUUUCUGCUAUUC